AUGCCACCAAGAAAGCACGCAGAAAAUGAGGCCUGGUGCGCUGUCAGAAAUCCUGCACUGGGUGAUUGCCGCUUCUAUCGUUCCUCGAAGGAAUUACCACAGAAUUGCCCGUGGAGAGCACAAAAUCCACCGGAUGUACAUAAAAAGUCUAAGCAGAUGCAUUCUUCUUUGGUUCCCAGGGUUACGGAGAGAAACGGCCAUCCGCAUAUUUUGCUGAGCAGUUCCCCCACCCUAUUCUCAUUCACCGAACAGGCUCAUGCAUUCGGUGGACGUACACCCGGUUCCGACCAAGGGCACUGUCUCGCAGAGUCAACAACCGCCUGCGAAACCCCUACUGGCGUAUCUCGAGCACGCGGGGACAAUGGGGAGGGGGACGCUUCCUCUACGGCUUUCGCUCAGGGGGGCGCCCACAGUCUCUCUGCUUUCCUUCAGCACCAUAAAAGCCCUCCCAGUAAGCUCGCAGCUCUUGAAUGGACGGAGGCUCAGCAGCAUCAGGCGCAACUCGUCAGCGCCAAUGUUCCACGACUGUUAGUGCUUGGAGUCCGAUUCACGUGUGUACGUGCGUGCUUGCAUCGAGUGGGGUGUACAGAGAAUGACCAAGCUGUCAACGACAAUCCGACCCGCGCUGUGGUUGACAAGUCCAGCGAUCCUCCGCUGACGCAUUCCAUCUUGCAGUCUAUGCUAGAUAUGAAGUGUACGAAUACCACAACCACGGGUGGCCGGGGGGCGGCACGCGUCAUCUAUGGGGAGGUCUACUGCUUUUCAACUAGCAGCCUCCAGAUGACUGAGAUGGGCACAUGUGUCGACGUAUGCCUUCAAGAAUUCGAGUGUCCUGGGAAGCCUGACAUUACAGCAAUGAGAGAAAAGCUGCAGCUGACGAGAGAAGAGCUUUUAAACAACCCGUUUAUACGUGCUUUUUGCGCAGAAAGUUCUGAGCUGCAAUUUCUCAUGGAUCGUCAAUUUUGUGGCGACAGCAGCGUACUGCGCAUGUUGAGAAGCGGGGUACCGCGCUGGUAUUGCCUUCCUGCGUCCCACGAGAUGGGCCACCUAGAACAUCUCAUGUGCUUCGGGCCCUGUGGUCAGAAAGUUGAAUGCCUUACCCCUUUAACCCCCAUUGUCCUUGAUGGCGCCUUGGGGGACUUGCUGAAGGCAGUGCAACAGCACCUACCGUUGGAAUGCACUUGCGACGAAGUGCAUGGAAGGGAGAACUACUCCGGCUGUCAAACAAAAACUCGUUUAGGAAAGGUCUGCCAAAAGUGGAACUCUCAGACUCCCCACAAGCAUGAGGCCCUAAAGGACCAAGAUCAUAACUUUUGUAGAGCAGCAGAUGGAGCCAAGGAUAUCUGGUGCUUCACUACGGACCCAGAUGUACGUUCAGACUACUGUCAGGCUCUAGGGCCCAAGACCCAGGUGGUGCACCCGCAAGAGGUGUUCGACAUCGUUCUGGAGGGUUCUUUUUAUACGCCGACGUUCGAUAUUGCAUUCUUUGAAGGUGAUGAGAAGUUAGAGGAGCCCUGUGUCAAAGGGCAUCAGACGGGGGACAUACAAGUGCCCAAUGCAGUAAACAGCACCGUAAAGAGGGUGAAACCUGUGGAGACGGAUGGAGCUGUAUCUGGAUUGAUUUGGGAAGGAGCAACGGUGGGCGAGAGCGCAAAAGGGGCAUAUGCCAUUUGUCUCUGUGACUAUACCUACUUUAUCGGGAACACAAAGAUCUGUAGCAAGCCCAGUGACUUCACUCUGCACGUCGGCUGGCUACAGGUCAAAGGUGAGGCACGACGUGGUGUACAAAGGCGUGCAACCAUCCAGCAGCAGCCUGCGGGUUUAGCGCGCGCGUUCCUAGCAUGCUUAAAUAGCAGCCAUGCAGGGCAGACCUUUAACCUUCAGGCAGGGCGGCCUGCAUCUCUCAAUUUGAGUGGAUACGGCUACCAGGAGGGGGAUACUGUGUCUAUAAUGCAAACACCGUACGAGUGUGACCGCGCCACCUUUACCUUUGCUGAGGCCAUGAGCGGUCUAAUUCAGAAGGGCCCAGAGGCAGCACUAAUGAUUCAGAAGGCCUUAGAAAUCGGUGCAGCUACUGCCGCAAUCGUCUCCUCCACAAGCGUCUACAAUAAGGAACAGCUUGUCACAAUGGUGCUCCCAGAGGUAACUGUGUAUGGCAUCGGCACAUUUACUGCCUGUUGGAGAUCUAAAGACAACACUGCAUCGGCCUCCGCGGCCACCAUUGUCGUCUCAGGAGUUGAGUUGCGGCGCCAGUUUUAUGCCUUAUACGUAGCCAAAUCCGCAGGAGUUGAUGAUCGCCCUUUUGCCAUGUUUAUCAAAGCUCGAGGAGAUGUAAAAAAGCCUGGAGCAAAUGAUAUCUACCUUACGCUUGUAGGGGAGGACUCGUGCGGUGGGACUGUUGUUGGCAGGUCUCAAGACGUCAGUGAAAUCACGGGAGGCAAGAGUGAAGAGAUGAAAUACUUUGUUGCAGAGCAAAUCACAGUGAGCAAUCUAUCGAACAGCGAAGGGAGUACUGCGAGUACUCUUGGAGUUUGUAUGGAUACAGAAGGAGAAAAGGUAUUGUUGGGAUAUGCCUAUGUAUCCCGGUCUUUGAUAUAUCCACUAGAAAGCCUUCAGUUUGGGCUUGAAGGAUACACAGGGAUCCCCAGCUAUAUUUUCACCCACUCCAUCAACAAGUUCAGCGCUCUAGGGCUGCACUGGAAUAAUGUGCAAAGUGAUUGCUUUUACGAAAAGGACCUUACAGCCUUUUUUGCAAAGGGUGACUUUCCAAAGGCCCUCAGCUAUUGGGUUGGCCCAUCAGCCAUUACCGUCUGGCACUCCUCCAUUUCGCGGCCUUCUCCCACGCCCUUCGCGAAGUUUGAAGUUUCAGGAGCCCGUGCCGUGGGUAUUUCGGCUACAACCGAGAGUAUCGUGUUCUUUAUUGCCCUCACAAACCCGGCGCGCAUAGAAUCAUACGACAUGACGACCCCGGCAAAUAUCUGGGAAUUGUCGCCAACAGCAACAACUGCAGAUAAACUCAAACUCGAAUCGCCCGUUGCAAUGUCCAUCUUACAAGGGAAGUCCCGGACACUGGUCGUUGUUGUAGAUACCAAACUGCGGCAGGUGUUGCUCCUCGACACUGAUCUGCAGCCUUUGGAAACCAAGAGCGUGUGGGAUGGCAUGAUCAGACCUCUGGAAAACCCCAAGUCUAUUUUCUGUAUAGAAACACCCAGCAGAGUCUCUCCCGAGGUGUUUGACUGCUACAUUACGGAUCCUAGAAGAGAUCGGCUGAUCCUGCUGCAGUAUGACACCAGUACUGGCUCCUCCAGCUUUGUCUCCGAGGUUUCAGAGGGCGACGAUGAGAAACUCACCAGCCCGCACGUGGUUCUGGCACACCCCUUCAGCGGCUUUACACUAAUCUACGUGGCAGAGGAGGGAAAGGCAAAGCCGAUGCUUCUGACGAAGCCUGAUGGCCAGUCAGAGAUUCAACUCUACCAGCGUCUCGAGACUCUGUCUGCUGGGGAGGUUGACAUGCCGGCAAUCUGCCUGCUGCAGACAGGACACGACUCUGAUGGACUCAAUUCUGUCUGGCUAAUGGCCUUUCACAACUCCUAUGACGGACCCUUUGUCAGUCUGGUGCCCCUUGAUACCACAGCCACCGCCCCAGAAUUCAAGUACACCCCAAGGGAGUGGUAUGCCUUGGGAGAGGAACAUAAACUGGAGCCAUCCAUUGUGGGGGAAGGAAGUUCCUCUGGGCUCAUGGGCUUUUCCCUUAAUGGUGCCGCACAGUCCUAUCCAUUUAUGGAGAGGAAUGUUAGCAUCGACAAGAAAACAGGAACUCUCACCUUAAGUCUGGUUGACAUUCAAGAGGGGAGCGUGACUGUAGAAGUUAUCGGCAGUGGUAUCGUGAACAGCGUCCAUACGUCCUUUUCAUUCCGCAUAGGAUGCAGGGAUGGGCAUUACUUCAAACAGGGAAUGUGCAUCAAGUGCCCCACAGGAACCUUUAACAGUCUAGCUCUCGUUAAGGAAAGCCCUGCGAGCUACUUCCACCAAUGUCGACUUUGUGAAGGGAAAACGACCACACUCGCUGAAGGAUCCACCAGUAAUGAACAGUGUCUCUGCGAGAAGGGAUACCACCGCGACGAAAAAGUCGACGCCAACGAAUGUACACCAUGCCCAGAAGGCUCCUACAAGGACAUGGUAGCCAACUCGGGGUGCACCGGAGGCGGCUGCCCCCAGUUUUCCGUUUCUCAUGUUGUUGGCGCUGUGUCGUCCGCAGACAGGAAGUGCUCGUGCUUGCCGGGGCACUACGCAGUGCAUGAAAACGACGACUUAGAAUGUAACCAAGUCGAAGUCGGCUAUUUUUCUCUUGGCGGCUACGAGGCUCAGCGCGUGCAGUGCCCCCCGUUUACUUCGACCAACAAGGAAGGUGGUCUGGCCACAGACAUCACGCAUUGUCUCUGUGAGCCAGGUUUCGCCCCCGCAAAUUCAGAGAGCUUGCAGGACCUCAACAGUCCGGCCAGCAUGCUGAAGAGGUGGAUUCUUUUGAAUCCUGCGUACAAAGGCCUGGAUGACUCCCAAGUUUGCAUGCCGUGCGGGAGGAGGCAUUACAAGGGGCGAGUUUCAGCCGAGCAGUGCAUCGAGUGUCCAACGAAUUCCUUUUCUAGCGUGGACAGCCCUACCAACAAGAGCAGCUGCAACAUGUGUAUUCCGGGAUAUUACUUGACCUCAAAUGAGGACCUGCCUUGCGGAGAAUGCCAAUCCAAUCACUUUUGUGUCGGAUCUGAGCCCUCCGUCGCUGGCUUGGAACAAUUUGCAGGGGAGAAGGUCCCCUGCUCUGAGAAUACUGAGACGGUUGAGCCCAACAGGCAAAACAAAGACCCAUUUAGCUGCAUGUGUACAGCGGGCUAUGAGUUCAAAGGCAUAGACUUCAUCACAAACAAGGUUGUAUGCAAUCCAGUGGCUCUGGGGGAGUAUAAGGACUCCUUGGGCAACUUGCAAGGUGCCAGCUGUCCACCAGGCAGUUACACGCUCAGGCCCACCUCAACCUCUCUAGCAGACUGCGUGUGCAAUGCCGGAUAUUAUUUGGAUGAAGAGAGCAAAAUCUGCCAACCAUGCCCCGUGGGUGCGUACUGCUUGGGAGGCCUUAAUCCCGACACAAACCGUCACAGCGGUUUUGUGCAAUGCCCUAAGAACACCACUACCAAGGAUCAGAUGAGCACGUCAGUCAGCGAUUGUCUCUGCGACAAGGGCUUUUACCAUUCUAGCACAAGUGCAGCAUCAGAAGGACCUAGCUGCAAUGUGUGCAGCGUCAACUCCUACAAGGACUGGAUUGGGAACGAGGCUUGCAAGCAGUGUAGCGAGAACUCUGAAACAAACGCUACGGGCUCUACUUCUUCAGCGCAGUGCCUUUGCAGGCCUGGCUACUACUACAGCAGCAACUUCAGGGAAUGCCUUGCAUGUAAGAGCACUGCAAAAUAUUGUCCUGGUGGAGAGAUGGACUGUACGGAUGACGACGAAGAUUGUGUAGGAGGCAAGAAGCCUAUACAGCCUAUCGACUGCCCAGACCAUACACGCAUCACCGAAGGCUUCGACACCCCCUCAACACUUGAUGACUGCAAGUGCGAAAGGGGCUACGCGUUUAGACACGUGGACUUGAAUCUCCAGACAAAAGUUUGCGAGCCAUGCAAUGCGGGUUCUUACAAAUCGACAAUUCAGGAUAUCAACUGCAAUGGUCUCUGCGGCGUCUCGUCAACCAGCUUGGUGGGAGCUCAAGCUCAAGUGCAGUGUUUCUGUGAAGAGGGAACUUACUAUGCUACGGGAUCGUGUCACACUUGCCCUGAUGGGGCUGUAUGCUCGGGAGGCCUCAGUGACUACGCCAUCAGUGCCCUUCAGAAAGACCCCAGCUACGUAUCUAUCACGAGCGAAGAUCACGUGAAGCCGUACUCUCAGGCGGGAUACUAUCUGAAUAAGCUGAACGACAAGCUUGAAUCUCCUUCCGACUGGCAAUUUCUGCAGUGCCCCAUCGAAAAUGCCUGCUUGAAGUUCGGAGUUUGUUCUGCCACCAUGACGGACUAUCUGUGCAGCGAGUGUAAGUACGGUUACACCAAUGGAUUCGAGAACGACACGAUCUGCACCGCGUGUCCGAACAUGGUGCCGAAUGCUUUGCUGCUUGUGUUGUACCAGAUUGCCCUUCUUCUUUUCAACAUUGGUAUGGCGUACAUGAAUGUGGCUGCUGGCUUCAACCGGCGGUCGAUUCACUCUGUUGUGAUUAAGAUCGCCUCCAACUUCAUUACGUGCAUGUCAGUGCUCACAGUGGUGGACUACAACCAAAUAAACCUACCCACUUGGCUUACCAGUAUCACCAAUACUGUCUCUGAGACGAUUACCCAGAAAGAGACUAGCACCCACAUGAUGGCCGUUGAGUGCCUGUUGCGUGAGGGAUUCAACUUGAGCUAUGCGGAUUCGUUCUUCUACACGAUGUUAUUCCAUGCACUGUUGCCGGUAUGCCUUCCGUUUCUCGUGACCUUCCUGCUCUUUUUCUUGCUUAACCGGUUCAAGCAGUACUAUAGAAACUCGAUUAAGAAGAAGCUUCAGCUGCUGGAGGAAACUGAAAAGUACGGUCUCACUAGCUUGACGGAGCAACUGAGGGAACGCUACGAAGAGGAUAGAGCCUUCAUGAUGUUUCGAUAUAUUCCAAUCCCCGGGGAUUCCCAGUGGCGCCGCUUCACAAAGUUCGUGGAAGACAUGAUUCCUAUCUACGUUACUGUCCUCUUCUUCCUCUAUACUGCCACGACGCGUCAUAUGUUAAGUCUGCUAGAUUGCAAGAUGAUAGACUUUGGCACGACGCACGGUUCCAAGUACUUCUUGAGUUCAGCGAUGAGCGUUGAGUGCUCAGUUGACCCCUCAAAGGAGUACUUCAAGUUCUUCGCCCUCGGGAUUGUGGGCAUCGCUGUGUGGAGUAUUGGUAUCCCCUUGACGGCUACAGAUGUCAACGGGUCAAUCCUCUGGCCCGCAAGCGUAAUCGCGGUUGUAUUCAACAUUUAUCACUUAAAGAGUCAACCUUUUGACAAACGGAGCUACUCCACAUUAGACAAUCUUGAAAAUCACAGCAUGUCCAUCUGGACCCUUACUAUCUGCGUCAUGAUGGCUAUCUCCGGGUCCAAUUUCUCGGGGAACGUGAAUCUGAGCCUGGCAAUAAUAGUUGUUGUUGCAAUCGUUUUGUUUGCGCUUGAGGUGGCUGUGAAUCUGUUGUUCGCUUACUUUGACAACGUGAGGGUUAAUCGGUCUUUCUUCGGAGUGCCCGUGCUAGGGUAUCUGUUUAGGGCCUUCGCGCGCUGGUCUGAAAAGCGAAAAUCGUGGGAACCAAUUGUUGUGUAUGACGUGGAAAACGAUAUUAUUCAGUUGGUAGCUGCAAAGAAGCAGCGUAACCUCAAAAUCACCAAAAAACUAUCAUUGUCUCGGAUUAAUUCUAGAGAAAGACAGUAUUUUAUCAAAGUGAUGGCAGAGACUUUGGGAUUCGCGGUGGUGCACAUGAAGCUUGAUGUUAUCCCGGGGACUUUUCUCGAAUUCGUGCUGAGAUUAGGCUUUGCCUUUCAGAAGCUGGAUGAGGAGACACAGGAAAACAAAAAAUCCUUGCAGGCUAUUGAAGGAGGAGACAUAGCGAUGCUAGCUGACUGGUCUCACCAGCAGAGUAAGGAGCUGGCUCGCAGGGAUGAAGUCACGAAGGAAGAAGUGGCUGCUGAUGAUUGUCUCGAGGGUUUCUUCGACAAAAUUGAAGAAAAGAUUGCACAAGGUGAUAUCGAAAGCGAACGUCUAGCCGACCUUGAAAAUGGCUUAUCUGCCAGCGAGCUGGAUGAAGAAGAACAGGAAGAAGAUGAAGUUGACGCUGCUGGCAGCGAGGAGAGCGAAACGGAAGAAGAGAUGGGAAGAACGCACAAACGGGGUAAGCAAAAAGUUCCUCCAAAACGACGUCUGGAUGACAAAAGUACCUUUAAGCAAUCAGCCCCACAAGUCGAAAGAUUACUCUCUGAGCUGUCUAGAGAGGAGCAGCAGGAGACGAGAUACAUCUUUGAUAACGAAGUCAUGGGCUGUGGUAUUCCCUUAUCUGAGCUAUACUUGGCGCUGCUUAAGUUGCAGCUCAAGGAGUCCGCAAGUAUUAGCCACCAAUUCGAGAUCUUCAGGGCCCGGAAGGCGGCGUACAUAGAGAGGGUGGCGCAAGCUCUCCGUAGUAGAAACAGGAAGCUCAAGCUAAUUCGAUAUACAUUACAGACAGCAAAUGAGGAAACGGCAGACGAAGACAUCGCCGCCCUGGGCUUUACCGCUGGUGCGUUUGAGGAAAUGAAGAAAAGGGUAGAUGCGCUCCUGAAAGAGCAAAGUCGUAUGAGCAAAACACUCCAGAGAUUACGGGACGACCCUGACAGCUACCAAGGAGAAGACGUAGAUAUAGAGUGGAUGGACGAGCAACAGCAAGGCAGCACUGAAGGAACAAAAGAUACACCGGACAGCGACGAUAGAGAGCCCGCCAAUUCCGAUGAAGGCGAUGAAGUGCCUCUGUCCAGCUAUUACAGGUAG